AUGAGCGACGGCUGGAGCGCGUGCCUGCAAACCCUCGAGGGUCAUAGCCAUUGGGUCUAUUCCGUAGUCUUCUCGCACGACUCGACCCAGCUGGCAUCUGCGUCCUAUGACAAGACCAUCAAGAUCUGGGAUGCGAGCAGUGGAGCGUGCCUUCGGACACUCGAGGGCCAUAGCCAUUGGGUUACCUCGGUAGCCUUCUUGCCCGGCUCGACGCAGCUGGCGUCCGCAUCGUACGACAGGACCGUCAAGAUUUGGGAUGCGAGCAGCGGCGCGUGCCUGCAGACGCUCGAGGGCCAUAACGGCUAUGUUGAUUCAGUAGCCUUCUCGCACGACUCGACCCGGCUGGCAUCUGCGUCUCAUGACAACACCAUCAAGGUCUGGGAUGUGAGCAACGGGGCGUGCCUGCAAGCGUUCGAGGGACAUAGCCAUUGGGUGAACUCCGUGGCUUUCUCGCACGACUCCACCAGGCUGGCGUCGGCGUCACAGGACAAGACCAUCAGGAUCUGGGACGCGAGCAGCGGCGCGUGCUUGCAGAUAUUCGAGGGCCAUAGCGGACCAGUCGAUUUCGUGGCCUUCUCACACAACUCAACCCAGCUGGCGUCGGCUUCGCACGACUACACCGUCAAAAUCUGGGAUGCGAACAGCGGUAGGUGCCUGCAGUCGCUCGAGGGCCAUAUCAGCCCAGUUAAUUCCGUGGCCUUCUCGCACGACUCGGCGCAGCUGGCAUCGGCAUCACAUGACAGCACCGUCAAGAUCUGGGAUGUGAGCAGCGGAGUGUGCCUGCAAUCACUCGAAGGCCAUAGCAACAGGGUCGAAUUCGUUAGCUUCUCUCACGACUCCACCCGGCUGGCGUCCGCGUCGCAGGAUGAGACAGUCAAGAUUUGGGAUGCGAGCAGCUGCACGUGUCUGCAGAUGCUUGAAGGCCAUAACGAUUUGGUCUGUUCCGUGACUUUCUCAUACGACUUGUCCCGGCUGGCGUCCGCGUCACAGGACAGAACUAUUAAAGUCUGGGAUGCGAGCAGCGGCGUGUGCCUGCAGACGCUUGAGGGGCAUAGCAGUGGGGUCUUAUCGGUAGCCUUCUCGCACGACUCGGUGCAGUUGGCGUCCGCGUCAUUCGAUAGAACUAUCAAGACCUGGGAUACGAACAGCGGCGCGUGCCUGCAGACGCUUGAGGGGCAUAGCAGUGGGGUCUUAUCGGUAGCCUUCUCGCACGACUCGGUGCAGUUGGCGUCCGCGUCAUUCGAUAGAACUAUCAAGACCUGGGAUACGAACAGCGGCGCGUGCCUGCAGACGCUUGAGGGCCAUAACGACUAUGUUGACUCAGUAGCCUUCUCCCACGACUCGACCCGGCUGACAUCUGCGUCUCAUGACAACACUAUCAAAGUCUGGGAUGUGAGCAACGGCGCGUGCCUGCAGACUGUCCAUGUCGGCACGACUCCCGAGAACAUAUCCUUCGAUUCUACUAGGUCUUACCUUUACACUACAAUAGGCACUAUCGCCCUCCAAGGCAUAGAAGGUUCCAGCACAAGAGAUAUAGUGAAAUCUGAGCGUUCUAUGUACGUAGCCACGAGUCUCAGUGCCGACAGCAUAUGGGUUAAACAUGCUGGGGAGAACAUGCUUUGGAUACCAUCAGAGUAUCGACCUUCUUGUUCGUCUGUGAGCAGGGCACUCGUGGGUAUAGGUGUUGGAUCUGGAAGGGUAUGGCUUUGCAGUAUCAACCUUUGA